UGAUUGGACCGCUUGAUCCUGAUAAACCUUGACCAACGGUCGUUCAGACUUUUCCUUUUCAGCUGGGCCAACCAAGUCAGCUGGAUGCGUAAUAUCCUCCCGUGUCUACUCCCCAUUGCACCUCGCGGCGACGCCCAAGAUUAUUAGGAAGUGGCGUCUUGCGGUCAUUGACUUUAAGGCAGGCGAACGUAAACCCGUCAGUGCGCCCAGGCGGAGAGUAGGCCCACGGCUAGUCAACCAGAACAAAAGAGAAGCGAUAUCGCUCAUUCAAGCCUCAUUCCAUCCCACGGAUACUAUCUGUGCCAGGUGGCUGACCCCUAGGAAUACACUUUCCCUCUUCCUUGCGAAACUCUAUAUCUACUGCGACAACUCGGGUUAAACGUUUGCCGCCCACAGUAGCGCGGAGGCGGUUGCAGGACAUCGUGAGCAAAAGUGAGAGUUGGCCGUGUAUCCACUGCUUAUACAAAGCCGUUCAGCAAGGAGAUGAAUGAUACAAUCUGAGAUCAUCGAAUACCCUACGCGCUUUUCUCACUCACAGGGAGGCCAACGACGCCGCCCUACCUCUCAGACUGGUAUCUAUCUGCCUCUCGGAAACAGAGUUGGGUUUCGUCCCAUAUAUACUACUUCGUCUUCGUGGCCUUAGACUCACAACCUCGCCUUCAACAUCACUCGAUCUUGUUGGAUCCCAAUGAGCUCUGACGCAUCGCCCUUCACGAGUCGUGAUGGAAUGCCGAGGAAGACUGUUUUCGUUGUGGGCCUUGGCAUGGUCGGGAUAGCAUUUAUCGAGAAACUGCUCAAUCUUGACGAGGCACGCCGAUACUCGAUCGUGACAUGUGGCGAGGAGACCCAUCUUGCGUACAAUCGCGUGGGACUCACAGAGUACUUCCAGCAUCGGAGCGUGGAGAACCUCUAUCUCAACAGUCCGAGCUGGUAUGCAGAGCAGGAAAAUGAUAGAUUCUCAUUUCAUGUCGGAGAGCAGGUAACGAGUGUUGACACAGCCAAAAAGAAGGUCUAUACAUCAAGAAACAAUGCCUUCGAUUAUGACAUCCUCGUUCUUGCGACAGGCUCGGGAGCCGGCCUUCCUCCAUACAUUUCUCUGGAGCGCGCCGAGAAGACUAGAGGUGUUUUCGUCUACAGGAAUAUCGCAGACCUUGAAGCCAUCAUUGCCUAUUCGGAGCGACCCGAAGUCAAGAGCGCUUCUGUUAUUGGUGGUGGGCUUCUGGGUCUCGAAGCCGCCAAAGCCGUCUACGAUAUGCCCCAAAUUGAUGAAGUCUCGAUCGUCAUCCGCCAACCAUACCCUCUGAAUCGUCAGCUUGACGCUCCUGCUGGCGAGCUCGUCCUCCGCAAGAUUGAAGACAUGGGCGUCAAAGUCCACACCCGCACCGCUGCCUCCGACAUCAUCACUUCUACCGACUCCGCCACUGGUUCAGAGGUUUACAAAGGUCUCAAAGUCGGUGAAUCCAUCCUGCCCUCCAAUCUCGUCAUCUUUGCUAUUGGCAUCAGCCCGAGAGAUGAUCUGGCCAGGAAGUCUGGUAUCAAGUGCGCGGAGAAAGGAGGGAUUGAGGUGGGCGAUGAUCUGAUGACGAGUGCGGAGGGAGUCUAUGCUAUUGGAGAGUGCGCAAGUUGGAAGGGGAAAACGUACGGAUUGAUUGCUCCCGGAGUGGAGAUGGCGGAUAUCCUCUCGUUCAACCUUACCCAGACCGACUCACAUGCCCCGCGUAAAAUGAACGACCCCGAUCUCUCCACCAAGUUGAAGCUCAUGGGCGUCGACGUCGCCUCCUUCGGUGAUUACUUUGCCGACAGUCGCAUGGGAGACACGCCCCUCGCGAAGUCGCUCAAGAGCGCUUCCGCCGGAGUUGGGCCCACCUCCGCCGCCACUGCCACCCAAGGCGUGGACAAAACUUCGGAUAAUGCGGACAAGGCUACGGUCAAAGGAGCGGAAGCGAAAGAGAGAGCGGCCAAGGUCUGGGAAACCACAGGGAUCGAACAGGCAACGAAUCUAGUGGACUUAGGAUCGACGGUGUCUUUGAAGAAACCCAACGGCGAAGACAACGGUGCUGCUGCGGGAAGUGCGGGAAUAGAUCAAGGGCAUGGUCACAAGAAGCGGGAUAAUAGCAACGAGCCGGUCAAAUGCUUGACCUAUCAUGACCCCUUCUCAUCGACGUACAAGAAGUAUAUCUUCACGGCCGAUGGUCAAUAUCUGCUUGGCGGAAUGAUGAUUGGAGAAACCGGUGAUUUCACGAAGAUGGUGUCGAUCGUGAAAAAGAAGAAAAAGCUGGAGGUAGCACCUUCGGAGUUCAUCAUAGGUGUAAAGAAAGCCGGAGAUGAUGACGGUGCAGAUCUGGACGAUGACACUCAGAUCUGUUCAUGCCACAAUGUGUUAAAAGGAGCCAUCAAGAAAUGUAUCAGCGAAGGUAUCACAGACCUUUCUGAAAUCAAAAAGAAGACGAAGGCUGGAUCAGGUUGUGGUGGCUGUGUACCUCUCGUUACAAGCAUCUACAAGGCCGAGAUGAAGAAAUUCGGUCAAGAACUCAACAACAACCUCUGCAUUCACUUCAACAUGUCGCGCGUCGAUCUCUUCCAGGUCGUCAAGAUCAAGAAGUUCAAGGAUUUCAGGGCCAUCAUGGAGACUGUCGGGGUAAAUCCGGAGUCGCAAGGUUGCGAGAUCUGCAAGCCGGGCAUUGCGAGUAUCUUAUCGUCGUUGUACAACGAGCACAUUAUGAAGCCCGAGCACCAUGGGUUGCAGGAUACGAAUGAUCGCUUUUUGGCAAACAUCCAGAGGAACGGAACAUUUUCUGUUAUCCCUCGCAUUGCGGGUGGUGAGGUAACGCCUGAAGGCCUGAUCGCUAUCGGGCAAGUAGCGAAAGAAUACGGUCUGUACACCAAAAUCACCGGAGGACAACGCAUCGAUAUGUUCGGUGCCCAGAAGCAAGACCUUCCCGCAAUCUGGAAGAAGCUCAUCGACGCAGGAUUUGAAUCUGGCCACGCCUAUGGCAAGUCACUACGUACGGUCAAAUCCUGCGUGGGAACCACAUGGUGCAGGUAUGGAGUGGGUGACUCUGUCGGGUUGGCGAUCGAGUUGGAAAACAGGUACAGAGGGGUGCGAAGUCCGCAUAAGUUCAAGGGAGGAGUUAGUGGAUGCGUGAGGGAAUGUGCAGAAGCGCAAGGCAAGGACUUCGGGCUUAUUGCCACCGACAAGGGGUGGAACAUUUUUGUAGGUGGCAACGGAGGCGCCAAUCCAAGACAUGCAACCCUUUUUGCCGCAGACGUACCGCCCUCAAAAGUUGUUCGCAUCAUCGACCGAUAUCUGAUGUUCUACAUCCGGACUGCGGACAGGCUUGCCAGGACAGCGAGGUGGAUAGAGAGCUUUGAAGGUGGCAUUGAGAAACUGAAGAAGAUCAUCUUGGAUGACGAGUUGGGUAUAUGUGCAGAUCUCGAGGCAGAGAUGGACGCCUUGAUAGGGACGUACGAGGAUGAGUGGGCGAAGGCAGUAGCAGACCCCGAUGUUCGGAAGCAGUUCAGGCAGUUUGCAAACACCGACGAGACCCGACCACAAACCGAGAUCAUUGUGGAACGGGGCCAGCACCGACCCGCCGACUGGCCCAAAAGCUUUCCGGGGCAGAAGUUUGAGGCAAACCAAGUUUCAACACCACCAGAGCAGUGGAACUGGGUGAAGAUGGCGACGGUAGAAGAUCUAAUGCCAAAUGAUGAGAAUACGACGAGCGCGGCAGUACGGUACGGGCAGGACUCGCAACUUGCAAUAUUUCAUGUACCGAGGAAAGGGUACUUCGCUACACAGCAGAUGUGUCCUCAUAAACGUGCCUUCGUUCUCGACCAUGGUAUCAUAGGAGACGACAAGAACGGGAACAUCUACGUUUCUUGUCCUCUUCACAAACGCAACUUCCGUCUUGACACCGGUGACUGCCUGAAUGACGACGAGUACAAAGUCCUCGCGUUCGAGGUGAAGGAAGAUGAGACUGGGAGUGGAGAUCUAUUGGUCAAACUUCCACCGCCGGAUGAAUUGGAUGCAUUAAUUGGGAGCUCGAAGUGGAUGGUGCGUAAGGCAACGGCAGAAGCUCUUGGCCGGAAUGCAGCGACGAAGAUCGAGAUUGUUGGAUUUGACGGCCAGCUCAGAGAUGGAAUGACGCACGAUGGAGGUAUUGAGGUAAAUGCAGGGUGUAGCGGAGGGGAAUGCGGAAAUAGCAAGCUUGAGUGGUGAGGGAUCGAGUGGUGACGAGUCAAGUUGUCGCCAAGGAGCAUUGACGCCUCCAAGAGCAAUAGUUUGCCUGUCACUACGCAAAUUGUUUCGCCACAAUUCGGUGAAUGGGUCAUCUUCAUGUAAUGUCCAUAUCUGUAUCAUGUUCCAAUACUAAAAUUACGAAGUCAAUCACACUGGGUCCAUACUCGUCAGCGCCUCGUAUCGCCCCAAAAUUUGUGACACCUCGUUCGACUCCAGAUAGCCGUGAAGCCCGAGGCCCUGCACCAAUAGAUUCCGAAGCGCACGCCACCCGGCACCUUUGUGUAUGAGCUGCCAAUUAUCCUCCACGAACUUGAGCGCUCCUCUUAGAUGAUCCUUCUUGAAGCCAUUCCGGUGGGAAAACAUCCAUCGCAUCCACAGCGCAUUCAAGACUUGAUUCUCUGGCCUGAGACUCUCGUCAUCGAACAUCUCCUCUUCUCUAUCCCUGAUCUGCGGUGCAUACUUCCCAAACGCCUUCAUCGGCAACGUCCCCAACAGAUCGGGAAGCUGAGCCCCUCCAACACGACAAGAGUACCAUAAUGGUCUUUCUUCCGGUACGCCAGAACUGAGGUAGGAUUCUGCUUGAGGCCCGAAGGGGUCAGCGCGUCUUGAUGGGGCGGUGGUAGAUGCGCCGGCUUGGAUAUUAGAGAAUGGUAUUUGGUUAUUUGAGGAGGAAUCUUGGGCGGGACCGUUG